AUGGGCAACUCCCUAUCGAGCAAAGCCAAAGACGAGACCCACCGCUCCAACCGCCUUUCAAAGCCUCUGACCAAGAAGUUCAAUGCCAGUCAAAGCUCUCAACGCCCCGAGGCAGACCCUUCAGCAAUUAAUCCAGGGCUGAUCGGGUGGCAAAAUCCUUGGGUGGGCAAAAAUAGCCCCAGUGCCUCGGUGGAAAAAAGGGGCAGCUAUUCCAAGAAGGCAGGGAUCCCACCUACCCUCUUUGAAACAAAGUUGCCCGAAGAGACCCCGACUGAGGAUCGAACCUCUGGUGAUCAGAGUCCCACACAGUGUCGUCCAACCCGCCCAGCCCUGUUAAGCGCAACCUCUUCGAGAAGAACUUCGUACCAGUCGGAACCUUGGGAAUCAGCUUCCCAAUGCUCGCCUCUUCAUGACCAGCCACCAAAACGGGCCAGUUCAACUAGAGUUCCCCUACAGAGACACAAUAGCGCUGUCUAUGAAACCCAAAUUGGGGAUGCGACAUCUUCCAACACCCACUUUUUGGUUGGCAACCAACGGUUCUCGCUAACUCGUCGGCGAUCGCUCCUGACCCGACCUGGGGUUGCCACAAGACGAGCAUCAGUUGCCAUUCGACGUGUCCCAUCGCCCAUUGGAGAGCCUGAAAACCCGAUCGAGGAUCCGACUGAGUCAACCGUUUUGCAAUGGCCAUUACCUUUGGCCCAAAGAUCGCUGCGCCUGCCAUCCCCAGUGCGGCCGGCGAGUCCAAUGGAUGCUCGAUAUACUCAGCUCGGCGCUCUCAAAUUGGGGUCUUUGCGAGUUGUGAAUGGCUCGGCCUCCCCAUGUCCGAGCGAACGCAUCCCUUUGGAGGGGUCCUGCGCUCCAGGUUCUGGGCUUGGCCUUGAAAACAUAGAAGUCGUUGGGCCUAGCCGGGGGUCGACGCUGGAGAUUCCCUCCUUGCCUGACUUGAAGAGAUCGGACGAUGUUCCGGACAGUCCAUUCUCUUUCGAAAAGUCUCCCACUAUCACAAUCCAGCCUCGAAGAAAAUCCCUAUUCCCUGGGGACCCAGAAGAUGAAGGGAUUGUCCUCUGCGACGAUACGAGAAUCCAACUGGAGAAAGGCGUUUUGGACGUCGGUCUUUCCCGGAGCACGUCCCAAUCCCUCACCAAGUCUGACAGUGGCUACAGCUCUGCCACCUCGGUUCAUUCUAUGCCGCGGAGUCGGACGCAGAGCUCUGCUGGCUCGCGGACAUCUGGCUCAUGUGGUGCGGACAGCUCAAAGAACGUCUGUCUCCUGAAAGACUUGAAUUCAGAUCGACCGGCCGAUAAAGCGCUACAGAAUCUGCAGACAUCCCCGGAUGACUGUUCAAGGCUUUAUCCAGCCGCUUCUCGCUGGUACGAUGCAAGUGUCCCUACUCCCCUCGCCCCGUCACGUUCGCGUCGGUCAACGUUGUGUGCGCCCCGAUACACGGAAUAUUUCUCGCCGCGUGAAUCUUUCGUCGAGUUCCAAUCUACCGCCGUGAUCUCUGUUCCAUACCAGAGCCACCAAGGCUUUACUAGGGGGCUUUUGUAUGGGGAUCGACUGUCCAUGAGCUCGUUUGGCCCUGCGUCUGCUACAAGGUCUGCCACAAGUGGAGAAUCACAACUCAGUCACCAACGCCCAACUACUCAAACCAAGGAGCGACUUCGCAGGUCGGUCUCUGAGUACCAGAUUCAUGAAGGGUACGAUACACAACUCUCUCGACCCAGAAGCCGACUGGGCAGUCGCAUCUGGAGCAAGAACCCAGGCGCUGAAGUUCCUCCGCCGCCAACUAUGACGUCUCCGGGUUACUUGCAGGAGGACCUUGACUUUGAUGCUGAACUGGCUUCCUCUGAGCCGAUGCGAGGCCGGCCCCGAAGCCGGAACAAUGACUAUCACCGUCGUCGGUUGACAAAAGCCCACCACCAGACGGAUUUGUGCACAUAA